AUGAAGGAUCCUGUAGAAAAGCGCACAAAGGAUCCCGUACAAGUCGUGAAGCAGUUGCUACGGACCGUAGUCCGCAUGUUCUACGAGACAGAACACAUUGUGAUCAUGGAUGCCCUAUGUUACCACGGCGCGCUGCCUGUGGCUGACAUGACCAUUAUUCUGGAUGCAGGCAAAAACUCGAAGCACGUGAGCAAGGUCGCGGGUAAGCUCAGGGAGGCGGGUUUGUGUUCUUCGUAUACUCAACAUGUCAUGCGCCAAGGUGCGAACAAAGCAUCGAGCAGAGAGUUCUUCUACAUCGACUGGCGCCAUGCUGUCGAUUCGAUCAAGUACAAGAUCUACAAGAUUGACGAGGGAAUCAAGAGGGAUGCGAAGCCCACAACCGAGAAGCCCGAGUUCAAAUGCUUGCGAUGCAAAUCGACAUACACAACCAUGCAAGCACUCGAUCACCCCGAUGACAACCCCGGACCGGACGACAGUGGUUUUCUCUGCGCGAGAUGCGGGUUCCGACUAGACGAGAUCGAUCCAGACGCUCAAGCAGACGAUAUUGACGACACCCCAGCAAAAUUCAAUAAGUUGUUUGGUCCACUUAUUGAGACAAUGAAAGAGAUUGAGAGUAUGGGUAGCCUUCCGGCAAUGGAGCCAGCAGACAUAAUUAGCGAGAGGAUUGAGCUGCCUCGCGACAGGAACGUCGACCCAGGCACUCAGGUUGAGGUUAUAGAGACGACUGUAUUGCGACCAACGGCAGUGAAGGGCAUUGACACAGGACCAGAGAAGAUCAACGUCCAGAUAGGAUCGAGUGCCGAGCAGAAUGAGAAGCAGCGAAUGGCAGAGAAGGCCCGGCAAGAAAAGAUCUCCAUGCAAAACCAGUUGCCUUCAUGGCACACUCAGUCGACUGUCAUCAAAGAUGCUGCCGGAAAUACUACAGCAGUCAAGCAAGAGGACAACGGGGUGGACACGCCCACCAUCAAGACUGAAGGAGGUGAUGCCAUUGCUAGUAAUCAAAACCUGGAUGCCGUCUUUGCUCAGAUUGAGGCUGAGCGACGCAGAAAGGAGCAGGAGGAAGAAGACGAGGACGAUGAAGAUGAGGACGAAGAUGAGUUCGAAGAUGUUGAUGUCGGUACGCCAAGUGCUCUUCCGGAUGCGAAGCGUGUGAAGUUGGAAUCGUCAGCUGCUCCAACGCCCUCGGCUGCCGCAACACCCGCUGUGAUUACUCCGGCGGCAUCGAACGGAGGAGACGAAAGCGAAGAAGACGAGUUCGAGGACGUGAAUUGA